UCCCCCUCCCCGUGUCCACUGAUUUGAAAUCAACUGAUCAGAAGUCAGCGUGCGUACUGUUAUUCUGCCUCUAACCGCGAGGAGAAGCUUCCCACGAAAACCGAUUCACAGUCAGUUUAGUGGCGAGAGACCAGCGGUCUGUAUUUGUUGUCACGAGAUGUGAUUCCUCCAAAAAUUAGCUAAAGUAAACAGAAGAUAGUAUGGGGAUGAGGAAAUACAGUCGGCUAGCUAUCUAGCUAGUUAGCUUACUAAGAGCAACUGAAUCAACGGUUGUCCUGUCAAAACAAACCCACACUUGUAUUUCAAGACAUUCAACCAGAUAAAAAGGGAAGACAACAUGGAAAUGCUGUGUUUUCGGUUACCGGGCCACGGGGACACGACCCUGAAGCACCUGAAUUCACUGAGAUCUCGCCAGCACUUUUGUGACAUCACCAUUGUUGCAAGCGACAAUAAGACAUUCAGGGGACAUAAGGUGGUGUUAGCUGCCUGCUCACCCUUCCUAAGAGACCAGUUCCUCCUCAAUCCAUCCCCCAAGCUUCAGGUGUCGAUGCUGUACAGCUCCACGGUAGUGUGUGAUCUGUUACAGUCUUGUUACACUGGCGUUCUGCAAUUUAACCCAGAAGAGAUUGUCAACUACCUGACUGCUGCCAGUUACCUACAGAUGGAGCAUAUUGUGGAGCGCUGCCGAGGAGCACUGAAGAAGUAUGUGCAGCUAAAAAACCCCAGCCCACCGAAGAUGACUUCAGACGAGAGCCAGACUCAACCGUUGAUUGUCAGCGGAAGCAUUCGCUCUGUUGCAUCUCCUCCCACAAGUCGACCCUCCCCUGUGCACUCACACAGUCCUGUAGCACGCUCGGUGGAGGAGAAUGGCGGUGACAUGUCUGCCGAGGGCAGCGGCCAACACCACGGUGGCACUCCUAUGCUGGAUGAGCCAUGCAUUAAGGUUAAUGCGUCAGAUGAGGAGGAAGAGGCCAGACAGGAGGAUUAUGAUGUGUUCAGGGUCUACAUCUCUGGAGAAGAGCAGAUGAACAGAGAAAGGGAGGAGGGAGGAGCUCCCUCUGAUGGACCUCAAGAUGCGGGUUACCCAGAGACAGAAAGUGUCGUAAUUGGAGGAGAAGACGGCGAAUAUGACUUGAAUCCAACAGAAGAUGAUCUCAGUAUGGGGGGACUUUCAGUAGAGGGGCUACGUGCUCUCAGGCGCAGGCUACCUGACCCUAAAAUUGGCCGGGGCAGAGGGAGAGGCAGGGGGCGGGGUUUUAAGAGGAGAAGGUGGGUGUCAUCACAGGAGAAAAGCAUGGCUCACCACCAGGAUUUGUGGUACCUAGCAUCUGCAGGAAUGGGAGGGGGUUUCAGCUUGGACUACAGCCAAGAAGGGCUUAAGGCGGGAAAUUACGUCUCAGUUGAACUCCCACAGUUAGACUUCAGUAUGGGCGACACGCAGGGAGAAAAGGCCUCACCAAUGGCUGCCAACAGUUUGACCCAGUACGCACUGGAGUCUAGUUGUGGUCCUGGAGAAGGGAGUUCAGGGCUGAGUUCAGCUGUGGGAGCAAAUGAGGGAGGAGAUGAGUCUGUUGCAGUGGUGGGAUCCACUUCAAGUGUAGCUGGGCCUGUAACCUGCGAGCACUGCGGCAUGACGUUCCCCUCAGCCCACUCCCUGGCCAUCCACUCCCGCUCCACUCACCUGCUGUACCCCUGUCCCUGCUGUGGAAAACACUUCCACCACUCUGCCAACCUCACUCGACACAUGGCCGUGCACCGAGGCGCUGGAAAAACCCACCAGUGCCCUUUGUGCUGUAAGACUUUCACCCAGAAAUCCACACUGAUAGACCACAUGAACCUCCACAGUGGCGAGCGACCGCACCACUGUGCAUACUGCCACGCCCGCUUUGCACACAAGCCUGCCUUACGACGUCACCUGAAGGAACAACAUGGAAAAACCACGGGGCAGAACUCUUUACAUGAGCAGGAGGAGAGGGAGCGAGCCAGUGGAAGAAUAAGAGAGGAAGAGCAAGAAUGCCUGGUUACUGCGCAAUUGUCAUAGAUCAAAGCAUUAAAGGCCGCUAAGUGUCUUGUUUAAACA